AUGGGCGGCUGGGUGAAACAGCUUGUUAAUGCGAAGGCCCUUUGUAGUUACCACCUCGAUCAAGGGUGUGUCGAACUAGAGAUGGACCCCACCAUACUGAAAGUAUACGAAAAGUUGGAGCCGGACAUUGCAUGCAACUAUCAUCACUACUUGCCUGAACUACUCGAUAAGGGGCUACGGAUUCUUGUGUACGCUGGAGACCGAGAUCUAGUGUGCAAUUGGGUAGGAAGUCUAGCGUGGAUGGAAGCACUCCGAUGGGGAGGGAGAGGCGGAUUCAGUCGGGCCCAGCCCGUUGAGUAUUCCUUGCUGAAUGGAACCGCUAUUGGAAGCCUCAAGAGUUACUCUUUGCCUAUCACUGGUGGACAGCUGAGUUUCGUCAAGGUCUAUGGUGCUGGUCAUAGUGUCGCGAUGGACGUCCCACGACAAGCUCUCAAGAUGCUUACCGAUUUCCUCGACAAUAAGUUCCCAUAG